AUGCUCGCGGCAGUGGUAGCCGUAAGUGGGAGGCAGCUGCAAGAGAGAGCCCUGGCCCAGCUCUCCCUGGACUCAGCGAUAUUCCGAUCCCUAACUUUUAACGGUAGGGCCAUCGGAAUCUCGGGCAGCUACUUGGUGAAAAAUCUGAGCAUGGAACAAAAACUCAUCCCCUGCAUUCCUUACCUGGAGAAGCAUCCAGUGUUUUCAGAGAGAAACAAUGGAGGACAGGACCGUGCUCUAUUCUCUACGCCAUGUUUAACAGCCUCCAGCCUAGAAGAUCGGGGCGGGGGAGAAAAGCCGCAGAUCAGAGAGUGAAAUUGUGCAGCAGAGAGCUCUUGAGGGUAUUCGUAACUUGUGGUUCUGCCUUUACCCUGCUGAGCCGGUGGAGCUAAGGUGGAAGAUGUCACUCCCAAAAUCAGUUUCUCCUCACAGGUGUGCUGGCUGUCUCCUGAACAGACAACUGGGAAGAAGAAACCUUUUGUUUAUACCCAAAGUCAGGCUGUCCUGAUCCGAGCCUUUUUCCGGGGCUUCGAUACCCCCGCCGUAAAAAGCACACACUUAUCCCUUUGUCAGGUGCCAGAUGGCUUCACAGCAGUGAUGAGCGCCACCGCUUGGGAGAAACGAGGCUCGAGCAAGUUCUUCUUGGAGAUGCAUCAGCCCAUUCCCUCCUACUUGGUGGCUUUGGUAAUUGGGGACCUUGUUUCGGCUGAAGUCGGACACGGGAGUCAGGUGUAGGCAGAGCCAUGUCUGAUUGAGGCCGCCAGGGAGGAAUACAGUGGAGUGAUAGAAGAAUUUGUGGCAACUGGAGAGAAGCUUUUUGGACCCUAUUGCUGGGGUAGGUACGACUUGCUGUUUGUGCCAUCGUUCUUUCCCUUUGGGGGAAUGGAGAACCCCUGCCUGACCUUUGUCACUCCCUGUCUGCUGGCUGGGGACCGCUCCCUGACUGACAUCAUCAUCCACGAGAUUGCUCAUAGCUGGUUUGGGAACCUAGUCACCAGUGCUAACUGGGCUGAGUUUUGGCUCAACGAUUUCACCAUUUAUGCCCAGAGAAGAAUUUCCACCAUCCUGUUUGUUGCUGCUUAUACCUGCCUCGAAGCUGCAACCGGAAGGGCCCUUCUGAGGCAACACAUGGACCACACUGGGGAAGACCAUUCUUUAAACAAGCUGCGAGUGAAGAUAGAGCCAGGUGUGGAUCCUGAGGGCACCUACAAUGAAACACCAUAUGAGAAAGGCUUCUGCUUUGUCUCAUACUUGGCCCAUUUGGUUGGAGACCAGAGCAAAUUUGAUGAUUUUUUAAAGGCCUAUGUGAAGGAAUUUAAAUUCCAGAGCAUCUUGGCUGAUGACUUUUUGGAGUACUUCUUGAAAUAUUUCCCGGAACUGAAGAAGAAGAGGGUGGACUCCAUUCCAGGCUUUGAGUUUGGCCGCUGGCUAAACACUCCAGGGUGGUCCCCCUAGGUCCCCGACCUUUCUCCGGGAGAUUCGCUCAUGAAGCCAGCCAAUGACCUGGCCCAGCCGUGGGCUGCCCCCAAACUGGAUUUGGAGGCCAUCAGCACCGUGGACACUUCCACCUGGAAGACCUACCAGCUGGUCUAUUUUUUGAAUCAAAUCCUCCAGAAAUCUCCUCUUCCUGCAGGUGAGCUGAAGAAGGCCUACCCCAAGAUCUCAGAUGCCAAGAAUGCAGAGUUACGCCUGCGCUGGGGCCAGAUAGUCCUCAGGAAUGACUACCAGGAGGACUUUGAGAAGGUGAAGGAUUCCCUACACAACCAGGGGAAGCAGAAGUACACGCUCCCUCUCUACCGGGCCAUGAUGUCAGGCAGCAGUGCAGCCCAAGCCCUGGCCAAGGCGACGUUUGCUGCCAUCGCUCCCCAGCUCCACUUCAAUGUGGUCAACUACGUCCAACAGAUCCUGGAGUCCCCAAAGACCUAGAUCCCCUCUCUCUGCCAAACCCUGGCUCCUCUCCCCUCUCAGGCACCCUCUCCCAAUUGGGACCCGUGGUUCUAAACUCUGGCUGGUGAAUUCACCAAACAGAGGAAUGAAAGGAACCUUCCGUCCCUCCCAAUUUGAGAUGUGGUUCCAGUCAGAUGCCCGAAGUCUUCCCCUGCCGGCUACCUGUCCACCCCUAUACCUCCCUGUAUCUUCCUCUCUCUCCUCCCCUUCCCCACAGCCCAAAAUUCAGAUUCAUUUUCUCCUAAAAUCAGAGCCAGCUGGUGCCGUUUUCCAAGGAUUUUUUUUCAA